AUGGAGACGGAGACGGACGGUUGGAUUUGGCGGGUCACCGUUGCCGAGGACAAGAUCCUACAAGUCGCAGCCCAACAUCAGGCCGCGAAAGCUCCAGCCCCUGCGAAAACGUUCAGCGGGGGGCACGAGCUGGCGCUUUCCUCUUUGCCCCGCACCACUGUCAGGCAGCCGGGGGAGCACAACCAGGCGCUAUUGAAAGCCUCCCAAACGCCCGUUGACGCACCAGUCGGAGAGUUCGGACAGCAACUUGAAGAGGAUUUUCACGGGGUGGUUCGGAAAUGGGGGACGGAGCGGCACGAAAAGAAGCUGUACAACCACGUAGGUCUUGUCGAACUGCUCGGCAUUGCGGACGUCAGAAAAGGUACGGGUGUUGCUGGCAACCGGGGGUACUACUUGAAUAGCGCGGGCGUGCUGCUGAACCAGGCGCUGAUUAACUCGGGGCUGGCGUUCCUGGUCAAGCGUGGCUUUACACCGCUGCACACACCCUUCUUCAUGAAGCAGGACGUCAUGGCGGAAUGCGCGCAGCUUGCGCAGUUCGAUGAGGAUCUCUACAAGGUGUCAGGCGAGGGGGACGACAAGUACCUGAUUGCCACGUCAGAGCAACCGUUGUGUGCAUACCAUCGGGGGGACUGGAUGGACGCGAAAAGCCUGCCCAUCAAGUACGGGGGGUACUCCACGUGCUUCCGCAAGGAGGCCGGCAGCCACAGGCGGGACACGCUGGGUAUCUUCCGCGUGCACGAGUUCGAGAAGGUGGAGCAGUUCGUGCUGACCAGCCCGCUGGAGAACGCGUUGUGGGAGAUGCACGUGGAGAUGCUCAAGAACUCAAUGGACUUCGACCAGGCGCUGGAGCUGCCGUACCGGGUCGUUUCUAUCGUGUCAGGCGCGCUGAACGACGCUGCGGCCAAGAAGUACGACCUCGAGGCGUGGUUCCCGGCGUCUAAAGCGUACCGAGAAAUCGUGUCAUGCUCAAACUGCACGGACUACCAGUCAUGGAGGCUUGAAACACGUUAUGGGAUCAAGAAGGUGAACGACCCCCAGAAGCACUACACGCACGUGCUCAACUCGACGCUGACAGCAACGCAGCGCACGCUGUGCUGUUUGCUGGAGACGCACCAGACUCCAGACGGCGUCAAGGUCCCCGCGUGUCUGCAACCGCUGGUGGUGCUGGACCUUCAUCCCGUUCGGCAAGAAGAAGGAGCUGGAGAUGAAGGGCAAGCAGAAGGCUCUGUCCGACUCGGAGCUGCGCCGCUGGCUAAGGACACGUGGCCUCUGCUGCCAUGUGGUCUGGUGCCGGGACAACCUGACGCUGCACCCAGGCGAGCAGGAGCCAAGCGCUGCGCAGCUUAACGGGAGACAAUACGAGAGUAGAGAGAUCGUACGCGGGAAGGUAUGAGACGAUCGAGAGCUUCUUGAGCAGAAUGGACAGCAAUUCGACUUUGCUGCGGAAGUUUCAAGCUCUUUGGUUACUCAUGAGAGUCACAAAUUAGAGAGUCAAAUUUGCGAUGAAAGGCCCGCAAACAUUAGAGAGGUGCUCGGAUGCAGGGACCACCGAGAAUUGAUGUUUGUGCAUGCAGUUCUGACGCUCAGUCACAGGUGAAUACAAUGCUUGCUCGGCCAGGUGUCAAAACACAGAAGGUUGUUCAAAUAGAUGCGCGGUCACUGCCGUUACUCGUAAGUAGUCGUACAUCAGAGUACCGCCCAAAAUGGGGCAGGCUCCACAGGGGAUCAAGUUAUGGAAAAUUGGAAACCAGAGCUGUGUAGUCCGGCUUCAUUUAAUGCAUCCGAUGAAUGCGAA